UGGGUGAACCAUUUUUUUAAAGCAAUGUUUUUGGAAGAUAAGCUGAGGAACUGUCUUUGCUAUUAUCAGAAUUACAUAACCAUUGGUUUUUAAAUGACUCUCGGCUGGUAAUUAUGGUACAUUUGUAGCCAUAAUUUACUUGAGUAUGUGUAAGUCACUUUCUCAGCUUAAACAACAGCUGCCAUUAUUUGGCUUUAAGUUUGUACUAAUGAGCCGAAAGAGUGUGGAUGUGAGAUUUUGCAUGUUGUGGUGUGUUAUUGUGCAUUUACUCUAAAAUAAUUUCCUCUGAAAUAAAAUUUUUCUGUCAUUUUAAACCUUAAUAUUUUGCUUUCUCAUGUAUAUUCAGCACAGAAUUGGUAGUAGUGAUGAGCAGUUAAGAAUUAUAAUUCCCAAUAAUUGAAUGGAGUGUGUCAAAGAUGCUGGUAUCAGUUUCUCUGAUCAUAUCCAUGUUUAUGUAAACUUCUUAGACUUCAGAAAAGCAUAACAACCAUAGUUGAAACCAUAAUUUGCGGCAUUUGAACAAUUUUAACAUGUGCUAGAUGAGAAAGAGCAUUUCUCUAGUGCGGUCACAGAGUUUCUUUGAAACAAGAGCAUGUUGUGGUCAGCCAUUUGCUCGGUAAAGCCUAAAAUGCAUUCAGCUGUAUUAUGUUGACUUGGUCUAGGAUGUGGCAGACAGAACAUUCCAGCUCUUUGUAAAUAUGUAAGUAAACACACCUGUCAGUUGCUGAUGGGCUGUCAGGCAGGGCUGAAUGUCUGACAUGUCUGAUACAAGAAGCACUACGUCAGUGGUGUGCAUGUUAUAAUAGACGCAUCGGGUUAGCUUUAAUAUUAACUGCUUAUAUGUGAUCUUGAUCAAAGACCGAAUGGGAGACUGCUGUGGUUAAUUACACAUUUAAGGAGCAUAAAAUGUUAAAGCUUAACAGGCCUUGAUUCAGGAGACAAAAUUUUAUCAAAUGCAUUCACAAUUUGCCUUUUUUUGCCUGAAUGGUUCAGUGGUAUGGAUCCAUCUAUUACUACUGCACUUUGACGUUUUUGUCUUUUGCAUGUGUUUUUGUGUCAUUUGGCUGGACAAUGACUUGUCCUGUGGUGUGAUGCAGUGUUCACCUUGGGGCUGCUGUGACCAUCCCAAGACAAUUUUAAAUAAUAUCAAUAUUUCUUUCAUACUCUUGAAACGUAGUAAGAUAUAUAUUGGUGAUGGGGCAAGACAGCUCUAAGUUUUUACAUGGGGAUUCAGUGGUGUGAUGCAAGGUGCCCUCACACUGCAAAUUAUGUCUAAAUCUUGGAAUGCAGCUAUGUCUGUCUACUUUUCUCCCUAUUUUCCAAAAUUCAUGUCUAUGUUUUCAAAAUCUGUCAAGGCCAGUGGUUGUCAAUCAAGUCCUCUAGAAGCACCUGUCAUUCCAUAUUUUUACAUGUUCAUUUAAGGUCACUUGACCAUCAUACUUGUACAUUCAUCAACCUGCUAGUGGAAUGGACUAAUUAUGUGGAAUGACUGCUCAAAGGCUUGGUUCAUAAUCCAGACUACAAAUUCAGAGUAGAUAGGAUAAGUGCUCCUGUUAAAUAGGAAUUUGAAAUAGCUACAUUUUACUCUAGAGAAAAAGCUAGUCAAAUUGGAAGCUUUUUGCCUAAAUUUUUCCAAAUAAACAUGCUGUAUUGAGAUCCUCAGCAACUGCAAGUUGCUAAAGGUCACACUGCUUCAACUCAUCUCAGCUAUAGUAAAGCAGCUACCAUUGCACCACUAAAUCCAUGUAAGGUUUGAAACGUUUGGUGUGAAGAAGCAUGUCUGAGAAGCGUUGGACCUACAGAUUGAAGGACAACCCAUCCUUCUUUUUUUGUUCCUCUCUGUCUCCUCCUCUGACCCUGCUUUAGUUUUCUACCAGUGGAUAUUUCCAAGCACGAGACUGGCAUUACUCUCAUGCACACAAUGCUAUACUGGGUCCAUUUGGUGAACUGAUGACUGAGGAUGACCUCAUUCGCAUUGAGAGACAGAUUGAGAACCUCCAAGUCAUGCACAAAGUGACAGAGGUAGAAAAAGAGUUGGAGCAGCUGGAGAAAGAGUUACAUCAGCUUCUCCCUGUGUCUGCUGCCCUGACCCAGGACCACUUCUCUGUCAACCCCAAACAGGUUCAUGGGCAAGCAGAGGACCUUCCUGCUUGGUGUAGCAAAAUUUCUACACUGCUUAAAAGUAUGGCUAUCCUCCUUGCUACAUUAGGUGGUAAGGAAAUAGACAUUCUGGAAAUGAUUAAUCAAGGAUAUACAUAUGAAGGUCUGAAAGGUGGAAAGGUACAGACAGCGUCCGUUACCUCAGGCAACAUUGGGCGAUCACAGUCUUUCUCAACCCGAGAGGACGUAGAGAAGGAGCUCAAGCAGUGUGGUGUGUCAGUGAAAAAUCUGAAGGCCAAUUAUGAGAUGAUCCAGAGCCAGUCCAAGUAUGAAGAGGACAAGAUGAACCGAGUAUACAAAAGGAAGAGAUCCUUGCCAGUGGUGAGUGAGUGCAGUUAUUCCCCUGAGCCUAUCCUGGAAGAUGAACUACUAUUCACAACUUGUGAUAUCAACUCUCAAGUCACUAAUGGUCUACCACCAGAUCAAGAGCCAAGACUGCCAUUAGUAGAUGAGCCGGUUAUAAUUCCAUCAUAUGCACCUUUGACAUACAGUGGACCUAAUGGUGUCUCCCAGUCAGGCAUGGAUAACCUGACACACCCUUUAUCCAGUGAUGCCGCACUAAAUGGAAACCAUCUCACACGCAGCCUCGAGGUGCAGACAGACCUGAGCUAUGUUCAGGAGUCUAUUGAGAUGCGAAAGGAAAGGAUUGUGUUCUUGUUUCUGGAGCACUGGAGAAAGUACACUAUGACUGAGUCUUACAGACCCAAGUACACAGGGAGAAGAAGAAGUCAAGGAGUCGGGAUGGAUGGCUAUCACUCCCAGGAUAAUAAUAACCAGUUCGACUUGGAUGGGAGUGAGGAUGACCAGCUACUGCACUUCAUGAAACAGAGACAGGUAGUAGGGAACCUGCUUGGCCACUGGAGGACCAUUAUGAGCCAGGUACCCUCACGUCAGAUCCGUCGGCUCAGUCGUGCUCAAAUGAUCUACUGGCCCGAGCAUUUUCUCCCUCAUAUAAAUGGGGCUCCAGUUCAUUAUGAUAACCUGACCCUUGAUCUUUUCAUGCUUGGCUACUUCCAACUGCUUGAGAUGAACAUGUCUCGCAGUGAGCGGAAGUUCCGACACUUGCUGUGCUAUGAGAUGUUUGAUCGAAUUGGCAGCCAUCCUUGGGAAGUGAUCCGUGAGUUCCACCGUGAAGUGAUGGAAAGCAUUGAGAGAGGGAAUUGUGAUUGGUCAGAUGGCUUUGAGGACAUCAAGCUGAAAUACUUUGGUGACACUACAGAGGGGGGAGGGCUGUUGGAGACAACUCAGAUUGACUCACCAGAAAGAAUUCAGGAGAUCUUAGGCUCAAGACAUGUACCUGAGACAACACCAGAACAAGAGUCUUUUGAAAAGACUGAGCAAAAUUUAGCACAAUCACCUGCAUCUGACAAAGUACAAGCUUCCACACAGGAGCCUAUACAGGACACAGCAGACAAUAUUUCAAAAAGUGAAGUGAACUCUACAGAGCAGAUUGAUGAGUCUACCAUACUGGACAAUGAUCAAAAUGCAGACAUACCUAAUGCAGAACAGCCAGAGAACCAGACAACCACACAAGUGACUGUUGAACAACCUCUGUCUGAAACCAUCAACGGUCAUGCUGAGAAACAAAUUCCAGCAAAAAAUAAUGAAGAGCUGAAUGAGGACUCGAUAAAGCUUAUUUAUGAUCUUAAAGAGUUCAGCAACGAGGAUAUAAUCAGAUACAUUGAGCGAAGUUUUGCCUUUUGGAAGGAGAAGGAAGCAGAAUUGUUUGAUAUCUGAACAAUGAUGGCGAUUAUUUGAUCAAAAUGAAAAAUUUAAAGGAAGUCUUCAGAUGAAGCAUGUUAUUGGACAAAGGGUCUAUCCAGACAUGCGAGAGAGUUGGCUAGAAAAAAAGAAUCUGAGACUCUCUCCUUGACUGAAUAAUGAUCUAAUGCAGGUUACUGCUGAACACUGCAAAUCUAGUGUCCACCUAAAUAUAAUGUAGGUUUAUUUGAAGGAGUUCAGAAGAUUUUUUUAAAAUUGGGACUCCAAUUUUAAUCCGAUAUCCAUAUGGAAAGUGCUAUGUUAAAUGCACAAUGUUGGAAAAAGAAAUUGGAGCAAGUGUAGAAGGUCCUCAGUCAAAGACUUGUAUGGAAUUUAUGGAAUAUAUGGAUAUAUGGAAGCAAGGAACUAUGUUUUGUGACUCUUGGCCAAAUUGUAGUCUUGGAUGGUGGUGGGCCGUGGUCGAUGCUUGAGCAUAUUUGUUUUUUAUUGUAUUACAAGAGAAUACAAUUAUAACAAUUGCUAUCUACCCAUGGUCUAGUGCAAGGCAAUUCAGCUUCAAUAGGAAGUGGACCAAACAGGAAAUUGAUGCUGGAUAUGCAGGCCAAGCCACAAUAUAUUGUUAACAAAUGACCAAUAUUCUUCUUAUAUAGUAUUAUUAUUAUUGUAUAACCCAUGCUCUAGCAGUUGGUAUAGUGAAUAAUUGUUUGUCGGUUCAAUCUAGGUGGAUGGUUUUUGCUGAUCUUUUUUUUGUCUUUUAAAAGAGGAUAAUUCACAAUUGCACAGAUACAUAACAUUUUUACCAUUUCCAGCUUUUAAGUAUAGAUGUAACAUUACUACUAAUUAAGCCAGAGAGAGAAGAGACAAAAUAGGCCAGAUUCAGGCCAUAAAAUAGGCCUGAUAAUAUAGUAGUUUAGUGUAAUCUGCAUUCAUAUUACAACCAUAUUGAGUUUGGCUCCUCCUAAUUUUUGGUAGUUAUUUCAUCCGUAAACAUAAAUUGGUUAACAGAAUUUACAUUUGAGAUAAAUUAAAAAAAAAUUUUGGCUUCUCUUUCUUGGCCCUCCUUAGUACUACCAUUUUUUAAAUUUCAUUUUUAUAUGAGUUUAGCCACUGAGAUAUUAAGGACACAACCUUCUUCUAUAAACACAGUGUUUAUACUGGGGUUAUGACAUGAAAUAUUACCAAAUAGUGAAAUCCAUGGUUCUUCGUUCUUGGUUCUCAUUGGAAGAACUGGUAUGCCAUUCAUGGUGUGGUGUGUUCUCACCUCGUGCCCAGUGUCCCUGCUGUGUAUUUAGGAUUAUUUAAGGGCCCAACAUAAUUCUAAAAAUAUUUUCGUUUGAAGAUUACCUGUAUUUCAUAAUUCUUACAGUUCAAAUACAUGCCCUUUAAUUAGCUUGUUCUCUAAUGUAAUUGUUUUUGGUAUGCAGGUGAACUCAGCUAAGUCAUAAAAUUAUUGGAUGUUUUAAACUCAAGAUACAAUGAUUAUAUCAUUCAAGUGUGUUAUUGGUGGUAAUUUUGGAUGUUAAUUUUGAUUUAAGUUUAUCCAUGUUUGAAGUGUUUCUGUUUUUUGGUUCCACAUCAAUAAAACAUAUAAGGUGUAUUUCUUCAUGUGCCUUUUCCUGUAGUUUAAUUUUUAUAUGCUUAUGCUCCUAUACAUACAGUGAGGAGAAAUAUACAUUUGGAAAAUUGUUUUUGUUAGAUAAUAUAUUACCAGUGCAUUUAUCCACUUUAAAUUUACAUGCUUUUUGUUCACUGUUGACUUAACUGUGAACUAAAGAGUGA